GACGGAGUGCUAAGGGUCAGAGGUCAGAAAGCAGGCCAGCUCCCCGCUGCCCCAGCACCCUAACAUGGGCGCAGAGAGCGCGGGACGUAGGGCCCACCCCCAAGGGCCACGCCCCCAGCACGUGACUUCGGCGCGCGGGGCAGGCCGGGCCACCGCCUCCCCUCUAUAACCCUUCCGCGCCGGCCCCAAAAUGGCCGCUUUCUGGCGUCUCUGGGGCUGUUGAAUGGAGAAAGCUUUAUUGUUCCCUUCGGGCAGGAGUGUUCGUGUCCUCUAUGGCGCUGUCAAUAAAGAACGGCAGUUUGAAUCGGUGCUGAACAGAAUCUUGUGCUGAUUCUCACAAAGUGGAUUCUGGAAGGAGAGAGAAAGAGAAGUCCUCAGGGCAGUGCUGAUCAGGGCGAUGGAGCUGCCCAACUAUAGCCGGCAGCUGCUGCAGCAGCUCUACACUCUGUGCAAGGAGCAGCAGUUCUGUGACUGCACCAUUUCCAUUGGCACCAUUUACUUCAGGGCCCACAAGCUUGUCCUGGCUGCUGCCAGCCUCCUAUUCAAAACCCUGCUGGACAACACAGACACUAUCUCCAUUGAUGCAUCUGUGGUGAGCCCUGAGGAAUUUGCCCUCUUGUUAGAAAUUAUGUACACUGGCAAACUACCUGUGGGCAAGCACAACUUCUCCAAGAUCAUCUCUUUAGCCGACAGCCUACAGAUGUUUGAUGUGGCCGUUAGUUGUAAAAAUCUUCUGACCAACCUCAUAAACUGCUCUGUUCAGGGUCAGGUGGUGAGAGAUAUCUCCAUACCAUCCUCAGAGUCAUUCAGGAAGGAAUCAGAGAAGCCAGAAGAGGAAAUCCUUUCCUCUGAGGGUGCUGGAGAGCCUCAUUCUUCCCCAGAGGGCUCCACCCCUCCAGGGGUCCCUGUGAAAGCUGAGACGGAGGAAGCAGUCCAUCGGGUAGCACAAGACAUGAGUGUGGACCCUUCCACUGCCCGGGAGGUGCACAGGAACGCAGAUCCAGUGGAGAUACCUCGUGCAGCUGAAGUUUGUUCCCCCUCCCCUGUUGCACAAACCUUCAGUGAGGCAAAGGAGGCAAGCCCAGAACCAGAGUAUGAGAGGCAACAGUACCAGCUAAGUUUUCUUCUAGAAAAUGAAAAUAUCUUCUCAGAUGCACUCUUGAUUUCCCAGGAUGUCUUAAAAAGACUAGAAGAAUGUUCAGAAAUUAAAGGUGCACAGAAGGAGGCCAUAAUGGGAUGUCUUGAGGGUGAAGAAGGACAUUCAGCAUUCCAGAGAAUCCUGAGUAAAGUAAGAGCUAAGAGCCUGGAUGUUCAGACUGUUGUGUCCCUGUUGCGGCUGUACCAAGAUUCGAAUCCUGCGGUAAAGGCAGCCUUGCUGGGCAGAAAGCUGGAAGAGGUAGCAGCAGUGCAGCCACAAGGGAGCACCGAGGAGGGAAAGACCUUGUCUGUUCUGUUACUAGAACACAAAGAGGACCUGAUCCGGUGUGUGACACAGCUGAGACCUAUUGUGGAGUUCCUGGAGACCGCCAAGGAGGAGUUCCUGACUGGCCCUGAGAAACGGGUGGUACUGAACUGCUGUGAGAGCGGGACACCCAAGGAGACAAUAGAAAAUCUGUUGCAGAGAAUGUCUGAAGAGAAAACCCUGACAGCCGAGAGUUUGGUAAAACUCCUUCAGGCUGUGAAGAUGACGUUCCCAAACUUGGGCCUGCUGCUGGAGAAUUUGCAGAAAUUAGCCAUUUUGCCGAACACCACAGUCCAAGCAAGCCCCGCUGAUUAUGGGACUGAGCUGUUGAGACGGUAUCAGGAAAACCUCUCUGAGAUUUUCACAGACAACCAGAUGCUGCUAAAAAUGAUCACUCACAUGAAGAGUUUAGUCCCUGGAGAAAGAGAGGUCAUGGAGAAGCUUUUGAAAUGUGACCCUGGUUCAGGUGGUUUCAGUUCUCUGAUUUCAGCAGCUCUAGAAAAGCAGACUCUCUCUGCAACAGCCAUUUGGCAACUGCUGCUGGCAGCUCAGGAGACAAAGACCUGCCCGUUGAACCUGCUCAUGGAGGAAAUACGAAGGGAGCCUGGCGCCAAUGCUUUCUUCCAGGCAGUGACCAGUCAAGAAAGUGCUGCCUUAGAAACCAUCCUGAGGCAUCACAAAUUGAUCCUGGAGGCCAUCCAACAAAGGACUGAACUCAGGUGUUUUACCUCAGAGGAAGAGCACCUGGCAGAGACUGUGAAAGAGAUUCUGAGCAUUUCCUCUGAGACCGCCAGUCCUGGAGCUUCCCUGAGAGCAGUGCUGAGCAGAGCCAUGGAAAAAUCUGUCUCAGCCAUUGAAAUAUGUCACCUCUUGUGCAGCAUCCACAGAUCUUUCCCAGGCUUGCAGCCUGUCAUGCAGGAGUUAGCACACACUGGUUUCCUUACUCAGGACAAUGGAGAGAAGGAAGGGUGGAAGGUGAGUAAUAAAUUUCACCAUGAAGCCAACGACAAAGCAGACGGAAAGGCAGCCAAGCCCGCUGAGGAGGACUGCCAGUCUGGGAAACAGAGUGAGCAGGGGCAGACAGGCGCCUUGCCAGAACAGCAAGAGAAGGAUAUACCUGCCUCCCCGGACACUGCCAAGAAAAGCUUCAUCUGUAAGGCCUGUGACAAAAGCUUCCAUUUCUACUGCCGCCUCAAGGUGCACAUGAAGCGCUGCCGGGUGGCCAAGAGCAAACAGGUGCAGUGUAAUGAGUGCAGUGAGACCAAGGAUUCUAAGAAAGAGCUGGAGAAACAUCAGCUGGAGGCCCAUGGUGCAGGCGGAGAGCCCAACGUCCCCAAGAAGAAGAAGAAGAGGCUUCCGGUGACGUGUGACCUCUGUGGCAGAGAAUUUGCCCAUGCCUCAGGCAUGCAGUACCACAAGCUGACAGAGCACUUUGAUGAGAAGCCUUUCUCCUGUGAAGAGUGUGGGGCAAAGUUUGCAGCCAACUCUACCCUGAAGAACCACCUUCGCCUGCAUACUGGUGACCGCCCGUUCAUGUGCAAGCACUGCCUCAUGACCUUCACCCAGGCUUCUGCCCUGGCCUACCACACCAAGAAGAAGCACUCAGAGGGGAAAAUGUAUGCAUGCCAGUACUGCGAUGCCGUGUUUGCCCAGUCCAUUGAGCUCUCCCGCCACGUGAGGACUCACACUGGAGACAAGCCAUAUGUCUGCAGGGACUGUGGCAAAGGCUUCCGGCAAGCCAAUGGCCUCUCCAUCCACCUGCACACGUUUCACAACAUAGAAGAUCCCUAUGACUGCAAGAAAUGCAGGAUGAGCUUCCCCACUCUGCAGGAUCACCGCAAGCACAUCCACGAGGUACACUCCAAGGAGUACCACCCCUGCCCCACGUGCGGGAAGAUCUUCAGUGCCCCUUCCAUGCUGGAGCGGCACAUGGUGACCCAUGUUGGAGGGAAGCCCUUCAGCUGUGGGAUCUGCAACAAGGCCUACCAGCAAUUGUCUGGUUUGUGGUACCACAAUCGGACCCACCACCCUGACGUAUUUGCUGCUCAGAACCAUCGAUCUUCCAAGUUCGCAUCACUCCAGUGCAGCUCCUGUGACAAAACCUUUCCCAACACUAUUGAACACAAGAAGCACAUCAAAGCAGAGCACGCAGAUAUGAAGUUCCACGAAUGCGACCAGUGUAAGGAGCUCUUCCCCACACCAGCUUUGCUGCAGGUUCACAUCAAGUGCCAGCAUUCAGGGUCGCAGCCAUUCAGGUGCUUGUACUGCGUGGCUACCUUCCGCUUCCCCGGAGCCCUGCAGCACCACGUCAGCACGGAGCACUUCAAGCAGUCAGAGAACACCUUCCCCUGUGAGCUCUGUGGUGAGCUCUUCACCUCCCAGGCCCAGCUGGAUGGUCACCUGGAAUCUGAACACCCAAAGGUGACGGGCACUGAUGCCCCAGCAGCAGCCUCACCGAUGGCGCAGGUGAUCCAAACCCCAGAGCCAGCAACCCCGACAGAGCAGGUGAUCACUUUGGAGGAGACCCAGCUUGCUGGGUCGCAGGUGUUUGUGACAUUGCCUAAUUCUCAGACAUCUCAGACCAGCUCGGAGCUCGUGGCGGUGACUAUGGAGGAUUUGCUGGAUGGCACCGUGACCCUGAUCUGUGGUGAGGCCAAGUGAGUGGCUCCUCGUCCAGUGGAGGGCCGAGAGAAUGCAGCUUGCCCUCUCCCCUCCAUCCUGACUGUCCUGAGUGGUUAGCAUCUUAGCCUAGCACAGCCCAAACGGCUGCACUGAGAAGCAUCAUUGUUCUCAUAGAACCAACAGUGUCCGAGUCAGUGAUGCCAACUCCACUGCCCUCCAAGGAGGCAGGCCUGCAUCCCCACAGGCCUGCUGCUGUGGCUUCGGGGACCCUGUGCAUCCCCAAGUGCAGUGUAGCUUCUGACAGUCUGAAGGAGCAGUGGGCUGGGGGCUGGUGAUGGGCAGCCAGAGAAGUACAACAUGCUGGCAGCCUCAGGGUGCAGAGUGGCAGUUAGAUGUGGGCUACAGAUGCUGCCGGUGACUUCUGGCCUCUGGAAAACCUGAGGAAAGUGCCAGCAGAUCAUCCAGAGACCCCCAACCUCGAGCACACUUGGCCCCUUCCUCACUCUAUCGUCGCCGCAACCGCUUGGGUUGCCCAGCCCUCUUCAUAGUGGCAGUAGGGUAGGUGGCAGCGUGGUCACACAGGAGGCCUCAUUUCCGUGCCCAGUCCCACCAUGUCAGUAGUCAGCCCUGCCCCAAACGCCACUGUUGGAAGGUUUCUGCUGGAAGUGUUCAGUGUGAGGCUGCCCAGCCCCGAAGAACAGCCUCUGCCUUUCCGGGAUAUUCUCCAUGGUGGUCUGUACCCGAAGGCUUGUUCCUGAGCCUUUCCAUGUUACCCUCAUCACCUCUCCCGUCAGAAUCCUAGAACUUCUCCGUGACCUGGAGGCCUUGCCCCUCCCUCUGGAGCAGGUGAUGCAGCCAGGGGACCAGCGCCGGGCUGGCGGCGCCGCGGUUGCCCCCGGCUCUUCCUCGCGCCAGGUUCUGCCAUGCCUUGCGAGUGGCCUCUUGUCUGAGCUCUGCCAGGCUGCCACUGUUGCUGCAGGUUAGUGAUCCUUUAGAGCCUGAAUUUCUUGAAGCUUUUUUAUCUUCAGUUCCUAAAAUAUAAUCUGAUAAUUAAUGGUUUGUGGAAUCCAUUAUGAAGUGCAAUUAGAUGGAUGUAGGUUCCUGCCGUUUGGAGGGAAAUGACUAGAAUUUAUCUUCCUUUCCUGGAUGCCAGAAGGUUGAAGUCUGCUGGUGCAGUGUUUACACAGCAAGCAGGGCUCCCUGCCACACUGUGUGGCUUUGCCCCCACGGAGGGCGGUGCCCGUUUGGUCACCUGCCCUCAAGCUACAGGCAAGCGCACCCCUUCUCUCCGAGCUCAUUUCACAUAACUAGGUAAGGAGGGUGGGGGGUCACUCAUGGACACGGUCGGGGCCUUUACUGUCACAUUGCUGAAAGGCCAUGCUUGCUGGCCGGCCGUGGGCUUUGUGCAGGUAGGAGUUCUGGUGUGGGCCGGCUCCCCUCAGGCACUACUCCUGCCAUCAUUUUGAUAUGCAAAUUGCUUGAGCUUGUCUGCUCAGGGAUCUUCUCAUUCUGAAGUAAAUGAAGUUUUCAAAGGCAAGUGGACCUCAGAAGCCAAAAACUGACCAGAAGAUGGUGCUCAAACCUUUAAGACCACCCGCGCGCGCCGUCCCUUGGCGGCCAAGGCUCUCUCUCUUCUUAAGGUUUUUCAGUGCUGUGAGCUGUCAGACCCGAGAGCUCUUGGUCUACAAGUGGUGAAGUGACACUGAAUCUCCCCUUGGCACCAGAUAAAACCCACUGGAAGAGAAUGGAGUGGCCCAUGCUUGCAGAGGGGAGUCCCAGCCCUCACAAGCCAUGGGCUGUGGUUGGAAAUUGCAGUGUCAUCAAAACUUCUUCCAACCAAAAAACAAAAUAAAAAAUUAAUUGCUGAGGGCCUGUAGGAGAAGGUGAUUUUUCUUUUUAAAGAGUCUCUGAAUAAAGAAAGGUCUAAGUUUUAAACUCGCUGUACUGAGAGCAAACAGAGAAUUUGGACUUGCUGUGAUAAAUGCUCUAAGCCCUUGACACACUCGCCCUGAGGCAUGAACCCUGUACUGGCCAAGAAUGAGAAAAGGUCUAUCCUGAAUUUAGUCUUUAAGUGGCCCUCUCUGCAAGAUGCUGCAUUGGCAGUGAAUUUUAGUGUCACUCCCUAGAGACACCCAAGCUGGAUUUUAUUGCUGGAAGACUUCUAGUACCCUGGCCGUUUUACUCCUUCUCCCCCUUCUGCCCAGGAGACCUUCUGAACUGCUGCCGCAGAGGAUGUUACACGGUCUCCUCCGUCUCCAUCACUCACUCUCAUUUUGGCUGUGGUGUUCUCUUUGCCUCUCUGCCAUGGGUGCUGUCCUGGUGGCUUCCGGGCUGACCUCUGGGGCAUUCACUGUGCUGUGGAGUCUGUGGGCUUCUUGGAACACUUGAAUUUGUUCGGUGGGACGCCAAGCCUUCUCUGCUCCCACAGCUCAUACACAGCUGGUGAGGAGGGAAACGCAGAGUCUAGGCUGGAGUUCAAUUCUGUGGGAGUAAUGGGGUCACCUGAGGAGCAGGGUUUUCCCAUCCCAGGGAAGUGAGAAGACAGCACGUAGAUGAUUCGAGAGCAAAGACUGCCGUAGGAAGAUGGGGCUGUCCACAUAUGUGAGCAGAUCCUGGGACCAGGGGGGCAGCAAAAGGGCAGAGACAAAGGUGUUCACUCGUUUAUUCAAUAAAGCCUCUCUCAUGUCUCAAAAGCUUUAUGUUUGGAAAACAAUCCAGUGAGCACCAAGGUCUGCCUUUCAAAUACUGCUCCUUGGUGAUGCCAGUCCUCUGUGAGGAAGUGUUCUGACGCUCCUCUCCCACCAGCCACGGGACACCGACCAGCCGCCUCCUGAGGGGUAAUAUGAGGGCCAGUCUGACUGGAGGAAUGGAAAGACAAAGCCCCUGUUCUGUCUCAUGGUCUAAACCAGGUAUCCUCCCGGAAAGAUGAGAUGGGCCCUAAAAGUUUCUCUCCGCAGCUAAUGCUGCGGUCGCCACAGGCUGAUGGCAUAUACGAUGGGAGGGCUGUGCCUUUAAAUCCCAUGUGCCUGAGAUCUAUGAACUAAGGGAUGGAGGAAAUUGCCAACCUUACAGAGAAUGGUUCUAGGGAAUAGGCAAUGUUUCUAUUAAGUUGAGGCUAGAAAGUUGAACAGUGAUGGAGAGAAUGCUGGGAUGCUUUAGUCAGUCCUCCCAGUGGAAGGAUUCAGACCCCAGCGCUGGUCUGCUUUGCCCAGUGUAUCCCCGCGACACUUGGGAGGUAGGGAGAAAAUGGAAUAAAAGGAAGAAGGGGGUUGAAGGGAGUAUUGACAGCAAGUUGAUAAUCGUGUUGUUGCCAUGGAAAAUCUUGGGGUUGGUAGGACUUGGGCCAAAAGCUUGGAAGCACAGCCAGAGCACAGAAACUUGCUAUACCUACAACAGCUUAUAGGGAAGGGAGAAGCUGUCUGUGCUCAGGGGAUUACAUUGUUGAGAAAGAAAAUAUCCCCCAGGCUAAUCAGUGGAUUGCGGCCAAAUCGUUCCUUGUCCUUCUAAGGCCAGCCAUACCAGCUGCCACUGUGGGCAGGACAGCCACCAGCAUGUGAUGCUGUAUGAGUCGGAUGACAAACCAUUAUCCAUUUCCAACUUGCACUAUUCUGUAUAAAUAAAGUAUGUACUUUGAAAAAA